AUGAAGUAAGGCUGUAACAAGAUAAGUCAUGAUGAGAGCCUUAGUAUUUUAUCCAUUUUUACUCAACCUUUAAUAUAUAUUGAUUUUAAGAAAAUUAUGGACUUAUUUAUUCCAUUUUCUAUUUAAUUAUCCAAAGCCAUCAGCAUUCCACCAAUCUUCAUAAAAAAUGAUAUUUUCAGCUUGUGUGAUUUCUUUGAAUAAACCUAGAAGAUAAUCAAAAAUUAAAUAGUGAUUGACAACAAUAAGAAUACCUAAUCUAAAUGA